AUGUCCUUCAAAGCGGUCGUUCUAGUCGGAGGCCCACAAAAAGGAACUCGUUUCCGCCCUCUCUCACUUCAACUGCCCAAACCGCUUUUCCCAAUUGCUGGAGUUCCUUUGAUUGAACAUCACAUCGAUCAACUUUGUCAGUUAUCUGGAUUGUCUGAAAUCUUGCUACUUGGUUUUUUCCCCACUGAUCUCUUCACUGAAUUCAUCGAUCGCUGCCAGAAGACCUACCGCGUCAGCAUAAAAUAUCUCGAAGAACCCAAUCCACUUGGUACUGCUGGAGGUCUUGUUUCUUUCAAAGCAACAAUUCUAUCUGGUGAUCCAAAUGCAGUCUUCGUCAUCAAUGCUGAUGUCUGUGGAGACCUUCCAAUUGAAGAUAUGGGAGCCAAAAUUGAUUCGAUCUCUGGUUCCAGUAUGCUUAUGCUUACAACUGAAGCUACACGUCAGCAGUCGGUGAACUUUGGCUCUGUUGUGACAGAUUCCGAAGGAAAAGUAGUUCAUUAUGUCGACAAACCAACGACUUUCGUGUCAACCAACAUUUCAUGCGGAGUUUAUCUGAUGAAAGCAGAGGUCAUCCGACAACUCGAUCUUCCUCUAAAUGGCGAUGGAAUCUGGUUGGAAAGAGACGUUAUCCCUCAACUUGCUGCGUCUGGAAACCUUUAUGCUCUUCACACCACCAGAUGGUGGAGUCAGACGAAAACCGCUGCAGCUGUACUUUAUGCGAAUCGUCACUAUCUUCGUCUUUACAAGAAACGUUAUGCUGCAAGACUGUGCAGAAUUGGAGCUCAAAUUAUAGGAGAUGUAUUCAUUGAUCCAAGUGCCCAAGUGCAUCCUACUGCGAAGAUCGGCCCAAAUGUUAGUAUUGGUCCAAACGCUGUAAUCGGAAAAGGAGUACGUAUCAAGGAAUCAAUUAUUCUUCCGGAGGCUGUUAUUGAAGAAAACGCGUGUGUUCUUCAAUCAGUUAUCGGUUGGCGUUCAAUUGUGGGAAUGUGGGCUCGGAUAGAAGGGAUUCCGCUCGAGCCGAAUCCAAAUCUUCCGUUCGCCAAGAUGGAUAACAAGCCACUCUUCCUUCCGGAUGGUCGUCUCACUCCAUCUCUUACAAUUCUUGGAUCUGAUGUUUCAGUUGCUCCAGAAACUAUCAUUCUCAACUGCGUCGUCUUGCCAUACAAGGAGCUCACGUGUAGCUACAAAAAUCAGAUAAUUCUUUGA